CAGAGGGUGCGGCCGCGUCUCUUCCUGCAGGUCUCAUGCGUCUUCGUGGCUGGACUAGCCAACCCCUCUGCACCGGGAGGGAUUAAAACGCUACAAACUUGCGCGCCACUUAAAGGGCGGCCAUUCAUUCUCGGAUGAUCCGGGCGCGGAAGUGCUUCCUUCUUCGUUCCCCAAAUUAGCAGCUGCCCUGGUGCGAGCGCAGCUCCGGGGCACUUUGCCUGGCGGAGGACCUCAGAGCGGGGCCUGGCGUGGCUUCCUCCCCCGUUUCGGGUCCCAGAGCCCUGGCAGCGACAGUCGGGGGAACUGAAAUGCAGCCGAACGGGGGUGUGAAGGAGGAGGUCACAGAGAAGCCGAAAUGUGCUCUGACUGCAGACAAAGCUGGCUGGGUUAAGAAAUGCAGUGGAGGGUUCUUGGGAAUCUGGAAAGAUCGUUAUGUCCUGUUAUGCAAAACGAAGCUCCUGGUAUAUGAAGAUGAGGAUGAACAGAAAUGCAUCGAAACGGUGGAGCUGGAGAACUACGACAGGUGCCAGGAGCUGCGGGCCCUCCUGAAGAGGAAAAAUCGCUUCCUUUUAAUUCGCUCCUCGGGUAAGAAGGUCCACGAUAUCAAAUUUCAGGCCCAAAAUUUGGAAGAAAAGGAGUCAUGGAUGAAAGCCCUCAACGAGGGGAUCAACAGAGGCAAAAACAAAGUAUUCGAUGAGGUGAAGGUAGACGAGAGCCUUUCCCUGGAACACGUGACUCGGGGCAGAGCAAAGCUGGGCCAAGGGCGAAGACCGCCCACCAGAAGUCAUCUCAAGGAGGUGGCCAAGUGUACGUCUGAUGGCAUCCUGAGGCUCGAUCUGGAUGAAGUGGACAACGGCCCUCCAGACUCGACCUUGCCCAUCAGUAACAGUGCCAACAACGUGCCUCCUAAAGAAACGCCAAAGCCACCGAUGCCUCCUGCGAAACCCAGUGUCGUGCCUGAGAAGGAGAAUGCAGAUGACAACGUGGCCGAUCCAGAGGUUAAAAAGCCCCUGUCGCCUCCCCUGCCACCAGCCAAGAAGUUUAAAGAAACAACUUCAUCCACCGAUGAUCUGCGCUCCAAGGAUGAGGAGUCCGUCGGUAAAGAGGAGCGUGCCGAGGGAUCGACAUCCUCCAGGGGCAGCAAGGAAAACCUCACGGAGCUCAGCGACAAAGGCACAGCCGCCGCUCCCAUCCCUCCUCCUAAGAUCUUAUCAGACAAGCUGAAAGUGAGCUGGGAUGAAUCAUCCCACGACCCUGAAAGCACGGAAGAACUCAAACCCUCGGAAGGGGGCAGUCAGGAACACCUUGCUGAAGCGGUCCUGCCAGAUACCGAAAAGCCUCCAGUCCCUCCUAAGAUUUUGUCAGAAAAAUUGAGGGCAACCAUGGAUCCCAGCCAGAGGAGAAGUUUAGAAGAUGAGGAUGCAAGUGUCCAGGAGUCUGACAACUCCAAACCCUCCGUGGAGGAGGCUGAGGAUGGUGAAGAAGCAGAACCCCCCCCUCAGGAAGGUGAAGGGGAAGAAGGCAGCAAGGAAGCCUCCGAAGAGGAGGAGGAAGAGACUUCCUUAGAUGCAGGAACAAACCAAGACAACGUUAAGGUAUCUAGUCCAGAGAAAAUGCCGCUAGGCCAGCUUGCAAAGGACGCUUCUCCUCUCAAGCUCCGCUGUGCUCCUCCGGGAGAUCUGCUGCCUGAGUCAAAAAAUGCACAGAAAGCACUUGUGGAUGGGGGUUCCCCCGAGGAGGCCCACCACGACCUGGCGGAAAUGGAGGAGAGAGUGGCGAGUGAAAAGGAAAAGACCGAAAAACUGCUGGAGAAGGUUUUGCAGGCGGAGCUGAACCCGACGCAGGAUGGGAAUGGCCCUCCGGUGAUUGCCAAGACGAUCCUCAGCGAGGCGGUGGAGCAGCUCCGGCAAGCAUCACAAGUCUUGCAGGAGAUCAAAGAUUUUGAAGAACUGAGCAAGGAGCCCACCGAGAAGGAGAAAGAGAAGCGAAAGGAGCUAGUGACUCUGUAUAGGAGAAGCGUUCCCUGAGAUGGAUUGCACCAGACGUGUCUUCCUUGUGACAAAGUGAAGCAAGUUGCCAUUUAGGACUAACCCUGUUGCUAGGCCAGUGUUAAAUGAGGUUGUGUUUUGCUCUGCACAAACCACACAUGCAGAACAGAGCCAAACCUUUCAGUCACACUUCAUUUUAGUCUCUUUCUGCUGCAAGAGUCCAGUCCAGGUCUUACUCCCUUAGCACAAUAAGUUACAAGUCAAUGAACCUUGGUUGCAAAAAUGUGAAUAUUCUUUUAAGGGCUCAAUUUGAAUAUAUUCAAAUCACCAAUUGGCAAAGACAGCCGUGGACUUUGGAUCAGGCCCUGAAAAAUAACUAGUAAUCAGAUGAAGAGUGCUGGCUAUUUCCAGACACGUCUGUCUGAAUAUCCCCAGGCACACCUAUACCCACACAGCAGCCCUGAACACGUUAAGUGUCACCAGUUAAACCACUGCCACUGAGAGUCACGCCCCAAACGUCAGGGUAAAUUUUGCCCCGGUAGUUCACUUGCUGUCAGCAAUGCGAGAACAAAUGGUUCAUGUUCUCCGAGGAAACUCGUUCAUUCAGUCUGCAGGUACAAACUGGCAUGAUAGAAAUGCACACAAAGCUGGCAAACUAGUGAUGGCAAAGGAUCGUUUUUCAGACCUAGAUAUAAUGUAAAAUCACCACCAUUUAUUAGAGCGAUACAGAGCGCUCCUUGUUUUACACACUGGACCAAUAUUAACUGACCCUCAGCACUAUGAUACUAUGAUCCUCGUGCUACCACCCCAACAAGGGAAACUGAGGCAGAGCAGUGGUUAAGGCAAAGGAGUCAGUUGCAGAAACCAGAACCCAAAAUCAAAUUUAAACAAGCUUAUCCCUACCCCGGUAUCAUGUGAAAUAGCAGUUCCAGCUGCCCAACCUACUUGGUUUUUUAAAGAAUAAGUCGAUCUUGCCCCCGGAUUGUAGGAGGGGAUAAUUAAGCAGAUGUUUGGAGCGCAAACAGGGGUGGGAGAGCAGUCAGUGCCUAAUAGGGGCUGCAAUGAAGAUGCUCAUUCAUUAGGGAUGUUGGCUCUCCUGGAAGCAGGCUCCCACCGUGUUACAUACAGCAGCUUUGUCUCGGGCUAGGAACUGACGGGUGCAGGGAGGUGUGCAUCAUGGCACCAGGCCGUGCUAAACGCCUAUUCACAUUGUUGUAGCAGGUUUUUACCUGCUAUGCCGAGGCUACAAGCUAGGCAUGAAUGCCCAUCUUGGAGCACGUGUGGGCAUGCUACGUUCGUUGAAGGAGAUGCAGUUUGCACAUAAAUUCCUUUGGGGUUGAGCGGGGCAGCACUAGCUUUGAACCAGACAAGGUGUUCAUAGUAUAAAGGUCUGAUCUGGACUCAGCAAAUUUCCAAUUGAAUCUCUGCCCUUUGGUUAAAAGCAACCCCACUUCCCUUAGUAUCUAGUGAGAGAACUUGGACUGAAUGGGGAUUGUCACAAAGUUAUGCCUCGUGUUUGCAUCCUGGCACGGUACACACUUGGGCACCUCUCGGCGGUCCAGGCACACUGGCACUUUCUGGACCAAGCCAAGGGGGUCAUUGCUUGCUUGUAUCCUCCUUUCACAAUUUUGCCCCAACAUUCCCACUCUUGACAGCACCGCAUCGGCACCCGUAGGACCCCUGCCUCCCUCGUCUUUGUUUUCUUGUGCACCGGAGGCAGGAGGGGGCCUUUCCAGCUUGAUUUUAAGGAGCAGUGCUUCCAACUAGCUGCCACCUUCCUGCCUGCCCAGAGUCAGGAUCACGCCGUGCACCUUGAUCUCAGGUUCCUUCUUUUAUAGCUCACUGGGGCUCCUCCGGUGGGACCCGGAUAAAUAGAUGCCACAACCUUCUUCCUGCGCAGCAGCAAACCAACAUUCAAAACUCAGAGGCUCUUAUUCCCUUCUUAAUUCAGACAGUGGCCUCUCCUAGGUGUGAAAGGUGCACACCUUGACCCAAAAGAUUUCAGGAACUUAAAAAUGGCAAUGUGGGUCGAGGCAGGUAUUCGCUGCACCCCAGACAUCCAGGCUGGUUGGCUAGAACGACCUGCUUCUAACUGUUCUGUCUUCCUCUCAGGCUAGUCAUUGGACUUGCAUUGAAAGUCACUGGUUAUUUUAUUACACAUAAUAAAAUAUGUGUAAUAACGCUUUUGCGCAUUAGAAUUCCCUUGAGUUUCAAGAGUCGAAACAGCCCCAACUUCUAGGCAACAAAAAUCACCGAACCUUUGGUGUCCAGAACGCAGUUCCACAAACUUAGCCCAAGGACGAACGCUAGUUCUGCAUCACUUACUGCUGUAGAGUCAAUGUGAACCGAGAGUCUUGUUCUCUUCGGAGAUGCACUUGUAAGACAAGGGCUACCAGUACAGACUUGGUCUAUUCAGUGCCUAUCAGCCAUUUGAUGGAUUUUUCUGCAUGUGCACUUUUGUUAACCGAACACUGUGUGAUGUCAGCAGGAACUGUAGAAAAACCUGGUGCGGACAGGAAGCGGCGGGAUAUCAGCUUUCAGGGAGCAGGGCAGGCAUUUGGGAAAUAAAACAAUCCUCCGUACGGGCAAAGGAGAUGCACACGUAAUAGGUAAGGUUCAGAUGAGGAUUCAGAGUCCUCCGCAGGGGGGGCCAAACCCAACCCUGGGAUCCGAAUGCUUGGACCCAGGGGAAGGUUUGGCAACAUCUCCAAUAGACACAGAUGCUUUUGCUCUUGCAAGCCCUUUGUCACCGCACUGUGCUAAGUGCGAGAUACCUGUCGAGGGAAAGCGCUGAUGAAAAGCACCAGGACACCUAUGUCUGUUACAGCUAAAAUGACAGGCUGUGCUCAUAUUUACUGUAUAUUUUUAUAUAAUGCUGAGUCUUUUAGUGAACAGAUGUCUGAUGUGAUACCGAAACCCCAGCAAUAGGAACUCCUAGCAGAAACCCCCUGAAUCUGUUAGGAGACGGGGGAGCUAAAACUUUUUUUUACAAGCCACAGCUAAAUACUGUAUGUGCUCUACUAACAUAACAUACCAUUUUGUACCAUGUGUAAAUACAUAUAACUUAAGUGAAAUCUCUUUUAACACACA